AUGUUUCGACUCGUAAAUGAAGAAACCAACAAUGAAAGCAGCGCCGAAACUCCCACCACUCCCAUCGUUCCCAUUGUUCGGGAUGGUCUAGAAGUUGAUCAAAUCCUACAACUGCCCGAUGAUGACGAAAAUUCAAGUCUCGAUUUAAAAUUAUUUUGUAAAUUAUUUGCAUUAGAUUAUGGACAACAGAAUUUACUAGAACAUGCAGAAAGCAAUGAGAAACAAAUUAGAAAAAUUGAGGAAUUUAUAUUUGAGUUUACGCGUGUUGAAUCGGAGGAGGAUGGAUCGUCGUCGUCAUCAUCUUCUGAAGAAGAAGAGGAUGAAGAUUCUGAUAAUGAAAGGAAUGAUGAUGAUCGUGAUCAUUCGGAAGAGAGAAGAGAUCAUUCUGAUGAUGAAGAUGUCAUCACAGAGGAACAAAUAUCAAACGUAAUGCAAGAAAUUAAGAAUGAUAUUAAAAAAGAGCAAGAUAAUCGUACUUUAAAUCAUCAUCAUCAUCAUCAGGCAUCAGCAUCAUCAUCACAAGAGCCUAGCAGUAGUAAUAGUACUAAUAGUAAUGAAGUAAAUAUUCAAAUGAUUGAUCGAGAAGAUUCCGAAAAGGAUCAUAAUGAUGAUGAUGACGAUGACAAUGACGAAUGUUCAAUUUACAAGACAGAACCAACAAGUACCAAGCUUAACAUUCUCACACUUUCUUCCUUAAAUUAUUCACCCUAUGAACAUCCAGAUAGAUUCGAGGUUAGAAAUAUCAUGUAUUUUAGUAAUGUAACAAAAUGUAAAUUAUUCAAGGAGAAGCAAUUUAUUGGGAUUUCGGAAAUUAUUGAUACCUUCUACAAACAGAAGAAGGUUCAAUUGCCAAACUUUAUAAUUUUCCAAAUUCUAUUUGCAAUUGUGGAAAAGUUGUAUGAAAUGAAUGAAGCAGGUUUACUUAAGAGAAUUCCAAAUAUUGAACAAGAUGAACACUUGUUUUAUUUGAAUAGAAAUAGACACGUCGAGAAAUACCAUGUCAUUGAAAGAUUAUUUUUGGAUAAUGUUGAAAUUUCACCAAAAUUUAAGACUGUAUUCCACUUUCAAGAUCAAGUUGGAUAUUCUCAAUUUGUUGAUGUAAAUAUUAAUGAUAAUUUUGAAAAGACAAUCAAAAAUUUAGACAUGUACGAGAGUGAUAUCAUAUUUUGUUUGGGAAUAUUCAUUUUGGAAAUAAUGUUCUCCACAACAAGUGCACAUAGAAUGAUUUUCAAAAUAUUAUCACAACCAUAUAAUGAACCACUCGUCUGUGAAAUGAUGUUACAGGAGAAUCGUAACAAUUGGUGCAUGAUUAGAAUUAUCCUGUCCAUGUUGAGAAUUAACGAGCCAUACAGACUUGUACCGAAACCAUUUUAUGAAAAUCCAACAAUUGAGGAUGUCAACUUUGUGCCCAGAAUUACGUUGGAGAAUUUAAUUGGUAUUGAAUUGCCACACGUUUGUACAAUUUUAGCAGAAGAUAGAAAAAUUUUCGAAUACUUUCUUGCCCCAGUGCUUUCCAAGCUCACAAUUCCAUAUCCUUCCCACAUGCUCAAUAAUCCACUUCAUCCCUCCUCAUACAAGUACAUAGCCACAUUGGAAAAUGGAAAUGUAAUUGACCUAUACUUUAGCUUCCUAGCUGGUAUCGUACUCUAUGGUUCUAAAAGUAUGCAAGCAGCAGACAUGUAUUUGAGACAGUCAGUACUACAUCCACCUGUUGAGCAUGAUAAAUAUGUCCGUAUGAUAACAGAUCUCUACGAUAUGUUGGACAAUAAGGAGAAUGCUGGCAAGUUGAUAUCAGAAAUUGAAAAUAUUUGUGAAAUGAAUUUGAAGUCCAUGCACGCUGAUAUUACUGCUCGCUUUGCAAAGGCAAAAACAUCAAUUCCAUUCUUUUCCUUUGUAUCCUAUUCAUUCCUUGGAAAGGCACUUGCAGAAAUGAAAAAGUAUCCACUCUCGCUUUACUAUACCGAGUAUUCAAUGGUCUGCUCCAAGUUACAACAAUCAGCCUCAUUGCCACUCUUUAAUUCGUCUGCAAUUUUCACAAAGGCAUACAUUGUUCACAAAUAUGAUGUUUUUGAUGUUUCAAACAAAUUAUAUGAGCAAGUUAUUUCAAAUUUCAAAGGUCACUCUAUGGCUCACAAUAAUAGAGGAAUCUGCUUGAAACGACUCAAAAUGAAUGAAGAGGCAAUCAAGGCCUAUGAAAUGAGUUUGAGAAUUGAUCCUUCCAAUCACUUGGCUUAUAACAAUAGAGCCAUGUACUUUUAUUCGGAUGAGGAACAUGAAAAUUCAAUGCUCUAUUACAAGAUGGCCAUUCGUUUGAAACCAACCUAUCAAUUGCCAAUUACCAAUCUUGGACUCACUCUAACUCAAUUGACCAAAUAUGCAGAUGCCAUAGAGCUGCUAACUAUAGUAUUGGAAUGGUCUCCUGCCAAUGUGAAUGCUCUCAUUACAAGAGGAUUCUGUUAUAUGAGGAGAACUGAUUUUGAGGAAGCCCUCGCUGACUAUAACAAACUUGUUAACGAGCUUGAAUCAGAAGAACGAAGCACCCUCUUCAAUAUGGCACUCUGCUACUAUCAUACCAGCAGAUUAAGAGAGGCCAUCUAUUAUGCAAGUAAGAUUAUCUCUAAAAAUCCAAACGAUGACAGAGCAAGAUAUUACAGAGCUCUCUUUUACGAAAAAUAUGAGAAAUUUGAGGAAUCCUUUGAAGAUGUCAAUAUUUUCCUUCAACUCUCUCCAGCCAAUACUGCUGGAACCAUCUUGAGAGAUAGACUUUUGGUAAUUAUCAAGAAAAUCACUCGUGUUUGUUAACAAGAUUCAACAUUUUGAUUUCCAAUAAAAAACCCAAAGUCACAC